AUGUUUUCGUUUGGAAACCUUCUCUUUUUUCUCAUACUCUUCACACACAUCUUUGUUUCUCACACUUUCAAUGAACCAAAGCCAUGCAGUUCAUACACUUUUCCUAAUCACAUUAACUAUGCAGCAUGCAAGGAUUUGCAAUUUUUGAAAUCCUCUAUGCACUGGAAUUACUAUCCAUCCUCAAGAACAGUUGAUGUUGCUUUCAAGAAGGAAAACACAACGGACUCUAGUUGGAUUGCUUGGGCCAUCAACCCCACCUCAAAGGGUAUGGUUGGUUCCCAAGCAUUUGUGGCUGUUCCAACAUCUUAUGGGACUUUCAAAGCCUAUACCUCACCAAUAACAAGUUAUGAAACUCUCUUGCAACACGGUAAUCUUAGUUUCCCUGUUCAUAAUGUUUCGGCAAUCUACACAGACGGCCAUAAGAUCAUCUUUGCAAGUUUCCAACUUCCAUCCAAUGUGACUUUGGUGAAUCACGUUUGGCAAGAAGGUUUUGCUUCGGAUGAUGGAACUUUAAAAGCACAUUUCCUAUCAGGACCUAAUCUUCGGUCUUUUGGUACCUUGAAUUUUAUAUCUGGGAAUGUUUCAGAAACAGGUGUAAAAGUGAAUUCCUCAAAUACUACACUAAAAGACGUUCAUGGAAUCUUGAGUUCUUUUAGUUGGGGAUUUUUAAUGCCUCUUGGGAUAAUAUUCGGCUUCAUGAAAGAAAUUGAAUUUGAUUGUGGAGCACCUGCAAGCUUUUUGCAUCGAGCAUGUGUAUCUCUGACCAAAGAUCUUGGCAGACUUCAUUAUUUCUUAGGGAUCGAAGUGGCACAAUCCAAGCAGGGUAUUUCCAUUUGUCAAAGAAAGUAUGCUGCAGAUAUCCUAGAGAAGACUGGUAUUUCAGGAUGUAAGCCCAUUGAUAUACCUAUGGAUCCUAAUGUCAAACUGUUACCAGGACAUGAGGAGCCAUUGUCAGAUCCUAGUUGUUAUCGCAAAUUAGUUGGAAAAUUAAACUAUCUUACCUUGUCAGGAUUCUUCGAUACAUCAAAAGAGCACCAGGAAUGGGUUUGUUAUACACAAAUAAAGGAAAUACGAAUGUGUGUAGCUAUUCAGAUGCUGAUUGGGCAAGUUCUCCUUCAGAUAGACGCUCCACUUCGGGGUAUUGUGUUCUCCUUGGAGAAAAUUUGA